AUGGUCAAAUUUAUACUUGUCACGGGUGCGACCGGCUUCAUCGGCGCCCACAUCGUCGACGUAUUGCUCGCUCGUGGAAUACGAGUGCGCGGCGCGACACGGUCACUGGAGAAAGGCGAUUCUAUGAUCAAGGCUCGUCCACAGCACUCAGGGAGACUGGAGUUUGUUCAAAUCGACGACUUUGGAAGGCCCGGUGGCUUGGUGGAAGCCGUUCAAGGAGUGGAUGGAGUGAUCCAUACGGCCAGUCCCUUCACAUACAACACAAGGAACAAUGAGCGCGAGCUUGUCCGUCCCGCAAUAAAUGGUGUUCGAGCAGUUCUGGAAGCGGCCAGCACUAAUCCGAAAAUACGGCGCAUCGUCAUUACUUCUUCCUUCGCUUCCGUCCUUGAUGCAAAUCGCAAGGGCCCGCUAUAUUUCACUUACACUGGUGAUGAUUGGAACCCUCUGACCUAUGAGGAGUCCGUGGACCCAGCCACGAAUGCCAUCAUUGCGUAUCGUGGGUCGAAGAAAUUCGCUGAACUGGAGGCUUGGAAAUAUGUGCAGGAACAUAGCCCGACAUUCGAUAUUGUCGCGCUGUGCCCUCCUAUGACAUUUGGACCGGUUGUGCAUCCCGUUUCUCAUGUGGACAAACUCAAUGAGUCGAAUUCGAUGUUGUGGAAGAUCGCUAAUGGAGAAAACCCUCUGCCUGUUGCACGAGUGCCGUUCUGGAUUGAUGUUCGCGACCUUGCCAUUGCACAUGUCGAGUCACUACUUCGGAACGAGGUGGGCGGGAAACGAUACGUUCCGUCAUCCCCGGAGCGAUUUUCCUAUGGCCUGGCUGCAAAGAUCAUAGCGGAAGAGUUCCCUGAUCUAAGGAGCAAAGUCACACAAGAGGACCAAGUUAUUGACGAGAGCUGUGGGUUGGAUGGUCAAACUGCUGCAAUGGAACUGGGAUAUACGUAUCAUUCAUUUCAUGAUACUGUGAGGGAUCUGGUAUCUCAGUCAGUCUCGCUGAGCGAAAGAUCACCCAGCUGCCGUUGA